CAGUAUGACAUGCAGAUGAGUGCCGUCGAUCUUAGAAUCACCGCACACUUCACUCAUUUGGGCAGUCACGGGGCCAAAACCCCCACAGUGUGGCGGUGGAGGCACAGCAAUGGGAGGCAUACAGCACCCUAUGACAAAAUGGAACCCACCAGCAGUGGGAGGAGACCUGAAAGUGAAGAUAACUCACAUGGCAGAGUGUGGCAUGGAGAUCAGCAGCAAUGGGAGUGGCCGUACAGGGACCCAUACACACUCUGGACCUGGCAGCAGCAUGAGGAGGCGGUACAGGGCCCAUGACAGAUUACGGGCCUGGCAGCAGCAUGAGGAGGCGCUUAGUAUGACAGGGCCC